AUGUCUAACGUAUUCACAGUCAAGCCUGACUUGUUUUAAAUGAUCCAUAAAAUUUUUGAAUGACUGCAUCCAAACCUAGCUAUGAUGUUGAUGUCUUCUAGGCAAUAUGAUAAAUAAACGGUGGUGAAGACCUCACUAGAGCUUUUACUAAAACCAUCGGACUAUCUCAAUAGAUUUUAUGGGAACAUCUUGGUUGAAUUUUGCAGUUCCUGGACUCUGCAGCGGAAGAGGACAGUGGCUGCCCUGAUUGUGCUUUGAUGACAACCCCUCCACGUGACAGUUGGAGGUGACUACAGGACAGGAGAACCCAGAUCAUGAAUCCUGAGAGCCAUCAAACACACGACGGUCGUUAAUCACAAUGCUGUCCACUGCAGACAAGCAUCUGCUUUGAUCUACUUUGCUUGUGUCACACAACGCAGCUCUUCUGAACUGAAAUUCAAAUAUCGGAGACAGACGCUGAUACCAGCUAAGGGAAUAGCCCAGCACAUUUACAUUCCUGCACCUGCCCUGCUCUGAAUAGGAGCAGCACCGCAAUCCCCACCACCACCACCACCUCUAUAAAGCUCCCGUUCCAUACGUGACACUCGGGAAACGGCAGCCGCCAACCUGCGCUAAGCGUUAGCGCAACAACCUAGUGUUCUGGCGCAGCACCGCUACCCAUCCUGGACGAUGGAAGCUUGUUACUCUCAAGGCAAAUUCAAUGCCACUUCCUAUGAUGUCAUGGCUAUAGUCAUCGUCUCCCUUCAGACAUUUGCUGGCAUGUGGAUCAACGCUUUCAUGACUUCGGUGCUUUGCAUUGCCUGGCUCAAAAAGAAAAGCUUUAACUCUAAUGAGAAGAUCUUGCUGUUUCUGGGAUGCUGCAGGUUUUGCUUUCUGGGCAUCACAUGGGCAUAUUCCUUUCUUUCAACAAUUUAUCCCCGGUGCCUUUAUGUUCACCCCAUACCCCAAAUAUUGUCAGCUAUUCAAAGCUUUUUAAAUUUUUCCAACUUGUGGGUUUCUGCCUGUCUUUGCAUUUUUUAUUGCCUAAAAAUUGCAAAUUUCAGGAACACCUUUUUCAUCUACCUGAAAGGAAAAAUUGACAGGAUCGUGUCGUGGCUCUUGUUGGGUUCAGGGAUUUUUUCCCUGGUCAUCAGCAUCCUUGUCUACAACAGCAUUGAUGAAGCACACAGUGACAACUUCAAUUCCACUGGCCAAGGAAAUUUCUGGAAACUGAACAUCAAAAUGGAUGAACACUUGUUCCCUCUUUUUUUUCUCAGUGGCGUUGGAUUUGCCAUGGCAUUCAUGGCGGUAAUCUUUUCUGCCCUUCUCCUCCUCUUUUCUCUCUGGAGACACAAAAGCAAGAUGCAGACAAACUCCGGGAAGAACCUCAGCAUGGACGCCCACGUCAAAGCCAUGAAAUCUAUUCUGUCCUUUUCCUUCAUUUACAGCGUUAACUUUGCAUGUUUGAUCUUGACCAUGAUUUAUGCCACAAAGAAGGCAAAUCCUGUGGUGUUUCUCUCUUUAGUAUUACAGUGUGCUUUUCCGUCUGUUCAUUCCCUCAUUCUGAUUUUCAGCAAUCAAAAACUGAAAAAGACACUGCGCAGGACUCUGUCCUGUGGGAAGUGCAAGGGUUGCAUGAGGUAGGAAAUGUAUUGAAAGCUGGAGCCCACUAAAAAUGUUGCUGUUCUACAAAACACAUAAUUCAAUCUCUAAGGUAACUCUCCAGCCCGUGUAAAUAAUACAGAUGUUCUGUCUUCACCGUCUAAGUUAAGGAAACUUCAUUAACAUGCUUUGAAGUAAAUUAUUAUGAGUUAAACAAAUUAUUAUUAUCAUUUGAUGUAGGUAAUUCCUUGGGUUGAAUUAUUGUCAAUAACAGAGUAAUUUAGAGCUGGUACAAUGGCUAGCUGCAAAAGGGGAACAGCAAAACUGCAAGCCUUCAGAAGGGCUUUGGUAUUUUCGGAUCAAGACUACUCAACUAACCUACAUGUUUAUAUCUAUUUUGCUUUACAUUUAUUUCUGCUGUGGCGUUGUACUUUGUAAUAUUAUCACUGCUUGCAUUGGUCUAUAACUUUUGCGUGAAUAUGUUGAUCACUCUUUAAUUCACCCGAGGUGUGGGAAGGACCCACAAAGGAGCAGGGGAAGAGCGUGAGGCGGAAGGAGUGGAAGAGACAAUGUGUGUUACGAACUAACCGCAAUCCCCAAUCCCCAUCCCCCUGCACCGCUCGGGGUGAGGAGGUAGAGAAGUUGGGAAUGAAGGACUAAGUUGAGCAUGGGAAGAAGGGGUGGGUGGAGGUACGGUGUUUUACUUUUGUCUUUGUUCCUCAUCAUCCUACUCUAUUUUCAAAUGGUAAUAAAUUAAAUUGAUUACCCCCAAGUCGAGUCUGUUUUGCCUGUGACGGUAACUGAUGAGUGAUCUCCCUGUCUUUGUCUCAAACCGUGAGCUUUUCCACCCCUGUCCUGUUGAGGAGCAAGAGGGAAGGAGUGGCUGGCUGCGGGUCUGGCAGCUGGCCAAGGUCAACCCACCACAGCAGAUAAUCUAAACGUGAAAUAGUUCCAGCAUGAACAGAGCUGAACCUGAAUUGUUCUUUCUUUCUCCAUCUCUGGCCCAGAGGAAUACCUUACCUCAUGCCAAGUGCCAAGUGGGUAUUUCUCAUGCAUCUUGGCAGCUUUUGUUUCUGCCUGUUUUAAAACACUCAUCCAUAAGGAAUACAUUUGCCAGGUGUGGAGCCUCAAAUCUCAGAGGCUUCCCUACGGUCUGCAGAGUUCAAAUAUACCCAAAAUGCUCUCCAGGGAGUCACCUCAAGUGUUGCAUCAUCCCUGCUGGACAGCCAUUCACCCCACACAAGUCCUGGGGCUUUUUCUCUCAUG